GAGGCGGCGGCGCGAGGCGAGCGGGACGCAGCGGCGGCGGCAGCAGCGGGGACGACCCGGCGGGAGCAGAGGCCGAGCCGCGCGGAGCCCGCGCCCCUGUCACCCGCCCGCCGUGCCCCGGCCCCCGCCCCGCGCCAGCGCCGCGCACCCCCGGCCGCGGAGACAUGAGCGCCCCGCGGCCCGACGCACCCGAGGCGCAGCGGCCCGGCCCCGAGGCCCCGUGAUGGGCUCCUGCGUGUCGCGAGAUCUGUUCACAAGUGCCCACAAAGACUGCCCCAUGCCCCAGGGCACGGAGCCCGGGAACCCAGACCUGCCCUCCAGCCACCCACCCACCAUUGUUCCAGACCAUGUCACUGGCAAGGACAAACAGAUGGAUUUCUGUUGGGAUCCUUGGCAGAGGUGCUUCCAGACCACCAACGGCUACCUGUCCGACUCCAGGGCCUGCUCCGGCAACUACGGCGUGGCGGCCCUGGCCACCUCGUCCCUUGUGGGGGUGGUGCAGAGCAUCAAGGACCACAUCACCAAGCCCACGGCCAUGGCACGGGGCCGCGUGGCCCACCUCAUCGAGUGGAAGGGCUGGAGUGCCCAGCAGUCGGGCUGGGAGCUGUCCCCAGCUGAGGACGAGCAUUACUGCUGCCUCCCGGAUGAGCUGCGAGAGGCUCGAUUUGCUGCAGGCGUUGCUGAGCAGUUUGCCAUCACCGAGGCCACUCUGAGCGCCUGGUCUUCGCUGGACGAUGAGGAGCUGCACCCCGACAGCAGCCCCCAGGACGCUGUCCAGCUCCAGGACCUGGAGAGCAUCUACCUGCAGGACAGCCUUCUGAGCGUUCCCUCGCAGGACGACAGUCUUCUGGCCUUCUCUUCCCCCGGCCUCUCCACGGAUGGCUGCCCCUCGCCCCAAGAGCCCCCCGUCACAGCUGCCAGUCCACCGUCCCCCAGCUCUGAACAGCAGUGUCAACAGCAGCUGUUGGGGUGCCUGGGGCCCGAGGGCGGGGCCCACCUGCAGGGCUCCCUGCCCUCGGUGAACAGCGGCUCCCUCUCUGAGGAGGACGAGGUGUUCUACAACUGAGGCUGACCCCUCUGCUCCAGCGUCUGC